AAAAAAAAAAAAAAAAUUAUCGGACAACUGCUCCUCCCUAGAACCGAAAAGCUGGGUUUCGUUUUUGUGUGCUUAAUUUUUAGUCAUGUCUCCAAAGAAUCCGAAAAGCAUGAAGAAGGAAUACCAAAUGCGCCAUCAGUUUAAGCUGCGCUCGAGUCGCAGGAAAAUCAGGGAUAAGUUUCGCACUCUGCCGGAAAAAGAUGAGGAUGAAUCGCCCGGAGAGUUGGAUCAAGAAAAGGCUGAUGGUGUGCGGGUCAAAGUGGACAACGACUUUUCAUUUGUGAGCUAUGAAGAAUUCCAGAAAUAUGUAGAUAACCUCUUCGACAUUGUGUGGCACCUGAAGCUCAACGACCCCGAGUAUGUGCCCAUGGGCUUUGAGGAAUGUGCUCAUGCCUAUUACUUGGCAUUUUAUCUAAAGCCAGAGAUUCGUGGGCGAUACAAGUACAGACUAAAAACGUGUACGCGGGCCAUGAGUGCUCGCCUACUUGCAAUACCGACUCGCGAGCAAGCCGAGAAGCUGAAGCAAAAUUUUCCUGAGUUUAAAAGCUCCGAAUUGGUCGAAGAAACGGUUGUUGCUCCUGUCAGCUUUCAGUUUUUCCAAAGUAACACCAAGAAUCUGAAGGAAAUCAUCGAGAAAAUGCGGAGCGAAGACCAGUUUAAGAAUUUAUCCAAAGAAAAGUGUGCCAGGGAAUACUUCAGGCUGUUCUACAGCUCGCCUGAAAUACGCGAGCGAUUCCAGGUUAAACUAAAACCAUGUCCCAGAACAGUACGGGAAACAUUGCUGAGUCAACCGACCUGCUCAGUUAUUGCUGAAAGCCUUGAGGUACCUAUGGAACUCGAUGGCUCCGAUCUGCCAUCCGAUCUGCCAGCCGAUCAACCUUCAGAUCAUCCAAUGCGCAUCGACCCGCACAGAGAAUCGUUAAGUGAACCAGUGAUAACUUUUGAAGGCGUCACCCACAAAUACCCCAUAAGCCAGCAAUACUUCUGUCAGAACAUCAACUACGAUCACAUGAUUUGCCAGCUCAGGGAAACACAGCAAUAUAAUCAAAGGAGAGGUCUUACGACGAUUCUUACGGAUCAGCAGUUGAUGCAACGCUUCUACCAUUGCUUCUACACAAACAAGGAAAUCCGCCAGAUCUAUCACUACACUUUUAAAGCUGAUCACCCCGUGCUGCGGAACAGGCUUCUUCAGUUUGCCAAGCUGGUGGGCCCAGCGGAAUCAAAUCGGGCAGCGAAUGGAGUUUAAAUGGAAGCUGAACACAAUCAAACUGGUCCAUUGGAGGCAUCUCCGUGAAUACAAAUCUCUGUUUUUAGAGUUUAUGUGGUUUUCCACUGUUUAAAUGCGUUUCUAUUUAUGUUUUAGUGUAACCUUUUCUAAGAUACGCGAGUCGACUGUGGUCACCAUCGAGGGCGUAUCCCUUAAGUAACCGGUUAAGAUAAAAACAUUCCUGAAAUACAUAAACAAAAUAGAUA